AUGAAGCAAGAAGGAGGAAAACGAGAAAAAGCAGAAGCACAUCAUGUCCCAGCAACAAAAGGAAAAAAAACCGAAAAAGAAGAAGAAAAUCAGAAUCUACAAACAACGUUUUGGUCAAAAGCAAAAUACUUUAAGGGUGACCACGUCAAGCCAUCAAAUGCUUUGAGUCAUGUUCAACAUUAA